AUGUUUAAAUUAUUUUACAAAAAGACGUGGAUGAAUAAAACCUGGACCUGCCGUUUUGGAGGUAUCCUGUGUGUAUUUCUUAAAAGUGUAAUUGGAGCUUGCUUUGGAGGUCAUUUUGCGACGAUGAAUACCAUGCUGUACCCUUUGAAAUGUUAUACUUACGCCUUGUAUUUUGGUAUUCCAGGAGUAGUUGUUGGUUGGGAUCUACAGUAUAUGGGAUGUCCUGAUGCCUGUUCCAAAAAUAUAAGAAUACCAGACUUCUUUGCAUUGAAGCCGUGUCGAGUUGUUUUGUAUUUCGAGAACUUCGGACCGGAAAACGUAGUAGCAACCAAUAGGAGGAUUGUAGAGGGGAUGUUCUUUGAGAUCACGAAUGAGGAUGAAGGGUAUUAG